GAGAACACUUAAACAAAAUGCCUAAGGAGAAGACUACCACCCGCAAGACCAAGGCUCGCACCACUGAGCGCAGAAAGAAGGACCCCAACGCCCCCAAGCGUGGUCUUUCUGCUUACAUGUUCUUCGCCAACGAGAACCGCGAGAAGGUUCGCGAGGAAAACCCCGGCAUUUCCUUCGGCCAGGUCGGUAAGAUGCUCGGAGAGAAGUGGAAGGCCCUGAGCGAUGGGGACCGUCGCCCCUACGAGGAGAAGGCUGCUGCCGAUAAGAAGCGCUAUGAAGAUGAGAAGGCCAGCUACAAUGCUGCUGCCGAGGAAGACGAGGAGUCAUCCUAGAUGUUCCCCUCAUCUUCAUAGGUCUUGUGUGUCUGGCCAAUUGGCGUUUUUCGUGUCGUUUAUUCCGCUGAUUGUCUGGCUUGUAAUUGACGCUUCUUAUAUUUUCUCUUUAUCUACUCAAAUGGCUUCUGGUAUGGGAUGACGGCGGUUAACCUCUUGCUUUUCUGUUCAUGAAGGAUUCUCAAUGGGAAAUGUUUACUGUACGGAAUGGCGGGCUUUAUUACGAAAUUGACUUGAAUUGAGGUGCCCGGCGUGAGUUACAACGACGGGAGAACCUUGUUUGAGUACCUAUGGUGAAAUUUGCAAUGGAAGCUGCAGAAGUGAUAUUAGG